UCCAGACAGUAGAGGCUGAAGAGCAGCAGCGUGGUGACUUUGAGGAAAACGUGAAGGCUCUCCCUUUUAGAGAGCUCCUCAAGUCUAUAAAAUAACAGAGCCGCAGCCAACAUGCUUGUGUUAUUUGAGACCGCCGCUGGAUAUGCAAUAUUUAAAGUCCUCGAUGAAUCCAAGCUUCAGCAGGUCGACAGCCUGUAUAAGGAGUUUCAAACCCCUGAAAAAGCAAAUAAAAUUGUGAAGCUGAAGCACUUUGAGAAGUUUCAGGACACAACAGAGGCCUUAGCAGCUGCCACUGCGCUGGUUGAGGGGAAAAUUGGCAAGAGUUUGAAGAAAGUGCUGAAGAAAGUUGUCGCCAAGGAGGCUCACGAGCAGCUGGCCAUCAGUGAUGUAAAGCUUGGUGGGAUUAUUAAAGACAAGAUGGACCUGAGCUGUGUCCACAGCCCUGCUGUAGCUGAACUCAUGAGGUGCAUCAGGAGUCAGAUGGAGAGCCUCAUCACUGGGCUUCCUCCCAGGGAGCUCAGUGCCAUGUCUCUGGGGUUGGCUCACAGUUUAUCCCGGUACAAGCUGAAGUUCAGUCCAGACAAAGUGGACACUAUGAUCGUGCAAGCCAUCUCUCUUUUGGAUGACCUGGAUAAGGAGCUUAACAACUACAUUAUGCGCUGCAGGGAGUGGUAUGGCUGGCACUUUCCUGAGCUGGGAAAAGUCAUCACAGACAACUUGGCCUACUGCAAAGCUGUCCGCAAAAUUGGUGAUCGCACAAACGUAGCAGGUUCUGAUCUGUCAGACCUCCUCCCUGAGGAAAUCGAGGCUGAGGUCAAACUGGCUGCUGAGAUCUCCAUGGGUACAGAGGUGUCUGAACAGGACAUCGGCAACAUUAGGCACCUGUGUGAUCAGGUGAUAGAGAUUUCAGAAUACCGCACUCAGCUGUAUGACUACCUGAAGAACCGAAUGAUGGCAAUAGCCCCCAACCUGACAGUAAUGGUGGGCGAGCUGGUCGGCGCCCGCCUCAUUUCACACGCAGGUUCCCUUCUGAAUCUGGCAAAGCAUCCGGCCUCCACAGUGCAGAUCCUCGGAGCAGAGAAGGCUCUGUUUAGAGCCCUGAAGACCCGCAAAGACACACCAAAGUACGGUCUGAUCUAUCACGCCUCACUGGUGGGCCAGACGACUGCCAAGAAUAAGGGCAAGAUCUCCAGAAUGCUGGCAGCUAAAGCAGCCCUGGCUAUUCGCUAUGAUGCCCUGGGAGAGGACACGAAUACAGAAAUGGGAGUGGAUAACCGUGCCAAGCUGGAGGCAAGGCUGCGCCAGCUGGAGGAGAAGGGAAUCCGAAGAAUCAGUGGAACAGGCAAAGCAAUGGCAAAAGCAGACAAAUACCAACACAAGAGUGAAGUGAGAAUUUACGAUCCAUCCGGCGAUUCUACUAUUCCCUCCACCUCAAAGAAGAGGAAGUUUGAGGAGGUAGAGGAGGAAGAGGCUGGUGAAGAGCCCGAAACACCGGUGGUCAAAUCCAAGAAGUCCAAAAAGGAACCAGUAGCAGAAGAAGCAGGAACGUCAGCAGAAGCGGAGGAGACUCCAAAGAAAAAGAAAAAGAAGAAGGACAAGAAAGUGGAGGCUGAAGCCGAGGAACCAAAGGAGGAGGAAGAAGUAGUAGUAACAGAGUCAACAGAGAAGAAGAAAAAGAAGAAAAAAAAGGUCAAGGAGGAAGAUGACUGAAAGAGUGGAGAGUGUAUAUAUUUUCUGUUGUAGUUUUUUGUCAUUUUAGUUUUGUGUCAUACAUGUAUUUCUGAGGGCAAUACUAUAUUGAGCGCCAGUUCUGAAUAUGAAAAGAGUUCAUGUCCAAAAUCAUUGAUUUUAUAUCAGAGUAUGGUGUGGUUGGAAAUCAGAGUGUAUUUCCAGUCAUAAAAUAAGUGAAAAGUAUUCAUUUUAUUUGUUUUAUUUUUUAAGAUAGGUUUGUUAUCUACUAUCCUGGAUGGGCAGUUUUUAUGUUGAUUUUUAUUUGUGAACACCUCUGUAUCAGACAAUUAACAAAUUUACCACAGAGCAAUGAGUUGAUAAGGAAAGAUUCCCCAGUUCUCCUGCGGAGGUUUUUUAUUGUCAGACUGAAUGUCUGCCCUGGUGAAAUAAACAUUUUUCGCUCUA